AUGUCAGUCAGCACCUACAUGCAGGCUGAUUAUAAGGUAAAUCUUCAGGCAGAAGCUUUUAAGUUGCUUAUUGUAUUUCUGACCGAAGAGGAAGACCCUGUGAUUAGCCAAGUAAAUCGAAGGAUUCAGCUCAUCACGGGGCUGUCAGAUGAAACAGUAGAAUUUCUCCAGGUUGCUGAUUACAGUAUUGGAGGCUUCUUUGAACCUCAUUUGGAUUAUUUCUUGGGAUUUGACAGCGAGCCUUUGGAGCCUGACGAGACAGGGAAUCGUGUGGCCACAUUCAUGACUUAUAUGAGCGAUGUCGAAGCUGGUGGUGCCUCUGUCUUCCCACACCUAGGGUCUAUCAUUGCGCCCAAGAAGGGGACAGCUAUGUUCUGGUAUAACCUUCUGCAGAGUGGGAAAGGUGACCACCUAUUUCCAGUAGGUGGUUCCAUGAGCGAGAACAAGAGUUCUUGA